AUCAGCAAACUGGGAGACGACCUGCUCGUACAAGUUCUACUUCGUGUUCCGGAAGCUAGAUUCGCCUGCUGCUGCAAACUGGUCUGCAAGCUUUGGAACUAUCUCAUAUGUGAUCCCUACUUAAUUCGCUGUUUCGUUUCGCACCACCAAAGAAGGAAUGGCGGUGAAGCACUUUUGAGGCCUUCAGAUUCCAUCUUGAGCUUUCUUCCCGUGCCUGAUGAAGACUUUCUCGGUUAUGGAUUCCUUCAAGGACUUGCUUUUAUGCGGGUUUGGGAAAGAUUUCGAAAAUGGCAAACUUGA